AUGCACGCCGAAAAAAACCACAUCUUCAUAUUCGACUUCGGAUGCCACCAAUCCGGGUCUAUGGUACGCUUCCUUCGCGGACUGGGCAUCACAUGCGAGCUCUUCCCGAUCGAAAAUGCUGUAGAAAUACUAUCUAAGCGUAUACCUGGUGGUGUCAUUCUUAGCGGAGGCUCUGAAAGCGUUGAAGACAAGGAUUCUAUCAGCCUUAACCACAAAAUACUGGAAAUAUGUGAAUCACACAAAGUACCUGUUCUAGCCUUGGCCUAUGCCAUGUACGCUCUAUGCAAAGCUCUUGGAGCAUCUAUAACCAAUUUGGGGCCACAAGAAAGUGAAUACAAGAAGGAAACUAUCCAUGUGCAUGCUGGCUCAGACAGCAUCCUUGAAGGAACUUCUAGUUCGUUCGUAGCACACGGAUGCCACCUCGAUAAAAUCAACUCUGUUCCCUCAGGGUACACCACUUCUAUGAAGGGGGCUGAUGGAACUCCUGCCGGUAUUGUGAAUACCCAUACCAAUGUUAGGGCCUUCUGCUUCCACCCUCAAGAUGCUGAGGAUGGCCAUGCCGACCCAAUCAUGAAAAAAUUCUGCUUCGACGUAUGCCACUGCCAAAGGACGUGGGAUAUGCGCAGCUACCACGAACAAACAAAGAAAGACGUUAUUAAACAAUGUGGUGAUGACAAGUUUGUCGUUGCCGGACUCUCUGGUGGUGUAGACAGCACCGUUUGCGCCGCAAUUGUACAUGAGGCUAUACAUGAAAGGUUCCAUGGUAUCAUGAUCAACACUGGUCUUAUGAGGUACCAGGAAACUCAGAAGUGCUAUGACAGACUUAAAGAUGAAAUCCCAGGAAUCCAGCUUACUGUACGUGACUCUUCUGAAGUUUUCUUCAAAGAACUCAAGGGAGUAGUUGACCCCGAGCAGAAACGUAAGGUGAUCGGAAGAGUAUACAUUGAGGAAUUCGAGAGGGCCAUGAAGGAACUCGGAUACAACCACGGAAAUUGCCUACUUCUACAAGGUACUAUCUACCCCGAUAUCUUGGAGUCCGAACUAAACAGAAGGAGCAAACUACCCGUCAAAUCACACCACAAUGUAGGAGGACUUCCCGAAAAUCUUAAAUUCGAACUUAUCGAACCAGUGCGUCUGCUAUUCAAGGAAGAAGUUAGAGAACUUGGUAAAUACCUAGGACUCUCUGAAAAGAGUUACAACAGACACCCAUUCCCAGGACCCGGUCUCGGAGCUAGAGUACUUGGCGAACUUAUCCCAGAACGUGUUGAAAUUGCCAGACAAGCAGACAGGUACAUGUUCGAAGAGCUUGAAGCAAGGGGAUUGGUUGACAAGGUCUCACAAUGUGCAUGUGUGUUGCUUCCCAACACCCGCUCAACCGGACUUAGGAACUCGGCUAGGGUAUACGGUAUGGUCGUUGUUGUACGUAUCAUCAUGACCGUCGACUUCGUAACCGCCCAAUUCGCCAGACACAUCGAUAUGGAGUGCCUUGCCGCCAUCUCACGUAGGAUUACGGAAAACAUCCCCCAAAUCAACAGGGUGUGCUACGAUAUCACCGACAAACCACCAGCUACCAUUGAAUGGGAGUAG